UCUUCGUAAUUUUUAUCUCAAGCAUUAAUGAAGACCUAAUAAUAAUAAAUAAAUACGAAUGAUUCUUGGCAAAGAGGAAGAAUCUGGGUUCGAGACUCUUUCUCUCUUUCGCCGGUUCGUAGACUAAGAAGAACAAAGAAGAACAAAGAAUUCGUCGCCAGUCGACCUGUUGCUCUCAUCGAGUGAACGAAAGAUAUAAAUAUUCGGAAAAUAUAACUUAUUAUCAAGAGAAAUCAAGAUGGAGAGAGAGGCCUACACGAGAACUUGUCCCUACAAUGAUCAUCACAUAAUUCAUCGAGACAGAUUUGUAAAACACAUAUUGAAAUGUGCAAAGAAUUAUCCACCGAAGUACAAGGAGACGUGCCCUUUCAACGCAACUCACAUUAUGUUUCGUUCUGAAUUGGAGGAACACGUCAACCUGUGCCCAGACAGAAAAGGUUUCACUCCAGAAUUAUACACCUAUUCCAAGAUUCACGGAUCUCUGAAGCAGAAUGAGUCAUCAGAGUGGUCUGAAUAUGAAGAAGUUUUGACUUCUGUUGAUCCAUGGGAUGGAGGUGAUUUUGAGGAUCGAAUGAAGGAUUUUACUGACACUAGCUCAAUUGCUAGCAGUUGUGAUGAACGUAGAGGGGUACGAUCCAAGACUGUCGCUAAUUCUAUGAGACCUCUCCGUCCACCAAGGGGAUAUGGAUUACCUGUAAUGAUGGAAUUUGGUAAUGAUAAUGGCCCUGAUGACGUCCAGUCUGUCGUCAGCACUCUUCCUCCUGUAGGUCGUGGCAUCAGACCACCUUCUGCUACACCCAUGACUUCAACAGAAUUCUGUGGACGUGGAGGUGGUCGUGGGCACAUCUAAAGUCAACUAUCUUCCAUAAAAUCCACAAUCUGACAUUGAAGAUAAUUCAAUGACAUAAAAUAAACUUCUUUUUUAUUUUGAUUCAAGAUCAUUUUCAUUCUGGUAUCAACAAAUUGAUACGCAUUUUUGAGAGACUAAUACGUCAUCUUGAUUUACUUUAUGCAAUUAUUUUCAUGUAUUCAUUCAAUAAUUUCAAUGAUUUAAUACAAUUAAUCCAAUUUGACAUUGAGAAUAAUUUCAUUGGAAAAAAAUGAACUUUUUCUAUUUAGAUUCAAGACACUAUUCAUUCUGGUAUCAAUAAAUUGAUACGAAUAUUUCAUUAGGGAUAAGGAUUUCAUGACUUUAUGUAAUUAUUUUGG